AUGGAGAUUCCUGAUAUUCCCGAUGACCGACCACACAAGCCCGCAUCGGUGCUCACCUCACCCACAAUUGUCCUCGAUGACUGUUCUCCAGAUUACCCCGAGUCGCAAUACAGAGGCAGCAACCCGGAGAGCACCAAUUUAACAAAUGGCGAGUUAAUGCACGAACAAUGUCCCACUCCACCCGCCGAUUCAAUUUCCAGCGAUCUCCGCUCACAGCCUUCAAUAAAAGCACUUCGUCGCAAUUUUACUGUCAACGAUGUCAAUCAAUCAAAAGACCUGCCUCUCUUACAAGCGACCAACCCGAACGAUGGUGCCGAGGAAUUUCAUCCAGUCGAUGAAGAUGACGAAGACUGUUCCUUCGAUUUGGUUGCCCCAUACGAGGGUGAUGGGGAUCCUAUGCACACGCUUGAGCGCCAAGCGGAUACUAUGUUUUCGUCAGAACAUAUGCUAGUCAUUCUCAAAAACCCGCGCCAUCUCGCCAAGUUUCGAGAAUUUUUGCUUAAGGAGCGACCGAAGUCAAUUCCCGUCCUCACAUAUUAUCUCAAUGCCUGUAAAGCUUUGAAAGCGCUGGAAUAUGCCAAUUCCUUGAUCAGGCUUUCGGUCCUUCUUCCUCCAGGUGGAGUGGAGGAGGCAAAGGAGCCUGUGGAUCUUAGUAUAAACCCAGCACUUGAAGCUCGCGUGCAAGAUGGGCUGAAUGCCCUUACUGCAGAGGAAUUGCCGGCUUUCAUUACAUCUACUUGCAUCAAUAUUACAAGUAAGGUUGUUGAAGAGCGCGUUCGAGGAACUCUGCCCGAAAAGUUCCAAGGAACUUCCGAUGCGCUGGCCGAGGUAUUUUGUUUGACAGAUCCGUCACGGCCCGAUAACCCGAUUAUCUUUGCUUCUGGAGAGUUCCACCGAACCACACAAUAUGGCAUGGACUAUGUACUAGGACGAAACUGUCGCUUUUUGCAAGGCCCCAAAACCAAUCCUAACAGUGUCCGCCGUAUCAGAGAAGCACUCCAGGCUGGUCGCCACCACUCCGAGCUUUUCCUCAACUACCGCCGCGACGGCUCCCCCUUUAUGAACCUUCUUCAAACCGCUCCUCUCUGCGACAGCCAAGGUAAAGUCCGAUACGUCAUUGGUGCUCAAGUCGAUGUGUCAGGACUGGCUAUGGAGGGCGCGCAGAUGGAGUCGUUACAAAGCCUCACUGCAGAAAAGGAAAGGAAAGAAGCCGGCGAAGAAGAACCCCAACAGCCAAAAUCCGAGUUCCAGGAACUGGGCGAAUUAUUCAGCCCCCGUGAAUUACAAAACGUCCAUGCAUACGGUGGCAAUUUGUUCCAACCCAUCGACGAAAAGGUCAACCCGACAAAUAGUCGCCUGUUCAUACCCGGUAGCCCCGACUACGAAGCAGAGAAACGCCUGAGCGAGGUUCCGCAGCCCGCUCCAUCAGCCGGCCCCAAUGGAUCUCUGACCGGUGUUUAUAAACAUUAUCUCCUCGUCCGACCAUACCCAUCACUCCGUGUCCUCUUUACCUCUCCUUCUCUACAGAUCCCUGGCAUGCUUCAAUCAUCAUUCCUUUCACGAAUUGGAGAUACUGGUGAAAAGAGGGAUAGUAUUGUGCAGGCUAUGAUGGAGGGCCGCAGUGUCACAGCCCGGAUCAAGUGGGUAACUCGAUUUAGUGAGAAUGGGCGUCACCGCUGGAUUCACUGUACGCCUUUGUUAGCGAACAAUGGUGGCGUUGGCGUGUGGAUGAUUGUGGUUAUGGACGAUGAGGAGGAGCACUUUGUGCGGUGGAAGGGGAACUGGCCUAUGAGCCAGUAA